AAGGCACAUCGUCAGACGGAACUGCUUGGGUGGCUACGGAGUAUCAGCUGCUCUGAUUUGUCCAUUGAAGCAAAGGGACCAAUCAACAGCGACCUUGUUGAAUUUGUCUGUUUGGUCUCAUCCAUGUUCAUGUAUGUUGAUUCCGUUUAAAAAGAUGUCGUACAACCGCAGCAUCGGCAGUGUAAAGUAUAUGGAAAAAAGAAUCCCCAAAAACCCAAAGUAUCAGCAUGUGAAGACCAAGUUAGACACAGGAUGCAGCCUUACAAACUAUAUGGAGGACAUACAAACAAACUACAGGUAUCACAAAGAUGAAAUAUUCAAGCGGCUGGGGGUGACGACAUUUGCACAAAUGAUCCUCCAGGUAGCGGCUGUGUCCGAACUGAAUGAAAUUGAGAACGACAACGGCUCACAUGAUACCGAAGAUACAGAUCUGGACUGUCAGUCCCAUCGGCAGUAUGACCACGACAACAGUGACGUAUGUCACACCGCCAGAUCAACACUGCUAAGUGUUAUCAGUGGUAUGGGAGAGUUGAGUCGUGAAAAUAAGGUGCCUGGACCUGUGGUUCCCGAUGGUCCUUACGCAGACUGUCCCUACCUGCUGCUGGACGUACGGGACCGUGACCUUUAUGACAGCUGCCACAUCAUCAGUGCCCACAGUUUUCCCAGCAGCCUGCUGUCUCGAACAAUGGACGCCUACACCAAAGAAGUGCGGGAAUAUAGAAAUGCAGCAGGAAAAAUCAUCAUUUUGUACGAUGAGGAUGAGAGAAUAGCCGCCCAGACGGCUACGAGCAUGUGCCAGCGAGGUUUUGAGAAUUUAUUUAUUCUCUCUGGAGGUCUCAAAGUGCUCUGUAAGAAGUUUCCAGAUGGUAUGGUGACAGGUUCUAUCCCCACCUCAUGUCUGGCCGUACCUCCAUCAUCAAAGUCCAAGAAGAGCUCCAUACAGCAGCACCAGCUGCAGCAGACACCAGCAGCGGUGAAGAGGUGGAGGUUCACAUCGGACGAGCUGUCCAGAAUCCAGGAGCAGCUGGAGGACAGUCUGGUCCCCAGUCGUUUAUCCAGUCGGAUGUCAACCACCAGCUCCAGGUCCAGAGUCUCCAGCGCUGGGAGUCGACAGAGCUCAUCCACAGUGGACAGGGAGUCCAGAGUUCAGAGCAGCACACCCUGGAAAUAACCCUCGGCCUCAGAGUUACUGACGAACAAACCUCAAGUCUACCUAACAGGAAUGACCGUACGAACUACAGCAGUCUGUGAUUUGAAGAAUGAAGAACUGACUUCAACCAUCUGGUUGGUGCCUUUGUAAAUACGUUUGUCUGUGUGAAUAAAGUGUGUGUAUGUUGUCUAGAAGCUGUGAAAUGAUUAAUAUAAAAAUAAAUAGAGCCAAUGCCGUUCACUGUUUGAUUUAGAGGUGACCUGAUGUUUCCUUCUUCCUGUGUUUGACUUUCUAUCCUGACCCCUGAGUUAAAUCUAAUGAACGUUAGCCCCAGAUGUUAGCCCUGAGAUAAUUAGACUAUCAGAAAAACAUCAAUAGUACUUGUACUGUGAUUGUUG